GCACAUUAUUUAUGAUCACCCUUACAGUCAUCGGACACAAACUGCAGAAUUACGACAGUUAGCUCAGCAGUAUUCAAAUAAACGCAUUAUUGUUGGAGCUAUUUGUGGAAGAGAGUCAACAACGUUGACACUGGCUGCCAUGGGUCCAGCUGAUAUUCUGACUUUAGACACCCCAUUGGAUAAGUUAUUCAAAUACAAGAAUGUGUAUUAGUAUUUGACACCUAAAGGAUCAUUUGGAUUCUCAGCAACAUCAAAGACGGGUCGAGUCGCUGGUGUAGACAUAGAAAAGAGCGACGGUGGGAAACGUUUGUCUUGGAGACUUGAUCGUGGUGGUGGUGGUUAUCGAGCAGAAGGUGCAGUAGAUUUGCUUUCUGUCAAUGAGUGGCAUAAAAUUAUACUUGCUGAAAAGUAG